UACAGUUAAGUGGUUCUGUAAUGUCGACAAAAAAUUCAAAGAACUAACUGUGUACAAAAAUAUCACGGAUAAUUCCUUCUAAAAAAUUUUCCAAGUUCCCUAAAAUAAAAAUAUAUAAAAAUUGAAUAGCUUAUUUUCCCAAUGGUCGCUCAGUGAUACAAUGCCGGCUAAGAUGAAAAUUUAUCUGGAGCUUAAUUGAAACUUAAUUGAAUUUAAAGCAAAUAACGUAUUAAUCAUAACUAGUAAAGGCGAGAAUGGUGCUAAAAAGAACUUGUACGGGAAGAGUCGUUUAAUUGUUGAUAUACAUUCAUAUUGAGUGUUUGUUCGCUAUGAGGGCUUAGAACUAAAGAGAAAAAGUAGAUCUUCUCAUCAAGCGUGCGCCUUGUAGCAUAGUUCUUCGUUUAUGAAAAAUAUUGAAAUAAAAACCGAGAAAAGGAAGCAAAUAGUGAAAUUUUUUACAUACGAAGAUAAAACAAUAACACAAUGCCUUAUUAAUAUGACGCUAAACCAGAUCUCGAUCACUACCACAAAAUUUGCUAAAUGUUUCUGAAAUUCAAUGCAGUGACAGUAGCGCAGAGUACCUUCUAUUGAUAAUUGUAAGAAUAAAGAUUCAUCUGAUCUUGUAAAUGCAAAGAAUAUAUGUGUUGUUGAGACGGACGACGAGCAGUUAAUUUUGGCCGUGCUGUGAUAUACCUUUACUAUACAACGUCACAAACAGAUUAUUUAUUCAUUUUACCUAAGUGAAAACCUGCAUUCAGAAAUAUGCCUCUAAGCCAAUGGUUUGGACGGACAAGCAAGUCGCUAAAGGCUCAUAGAAGGCAUUCAGCAAAACUUUAUACAAUACUCUACGCGGUGUUAAGUUGUAUAUUUUUAAUUAUUCCCGCUGGCUUCACAGCGGAAGUUGAAUCCAACAUAAAUUUGAACUCUCAAGCCUCUGUAAGACCACCCACAAAAGCGUCCAUGAAUAUUAAAGUUGAACCUCGCAAUGAAAAUGAAAACUUCGUAUUGCCUGAUCAUUUGCUUGAAAAUGACGAAAGCAAAGAACAGAAAGGCAAGACAGGGUUUAUUGAUGCCUUCACAGCCUCGGUUUGUGUUAUAUUAUUUACAGAACUGGGUGAUAAAACAUUUUUUAUAGCGGCAAUAAUGGCUAUGCGGCACCCUCGUUUAAUUAUUUUCGCUGGAGCGAUAUCAGCGUUAGCCUUGAUGACGAUACUUUCCGUGGUAUUUGGAAUGGCUGCCACUAUUAUCCCGAAGAUCUACACUUAUUAUAUUUCGACAGCACUGUUCGCUAUUUUUGGCUUAAAGAUGAUAUACGAAGGUUAUUUUAUGAAGAAUACUGAUACCCAAGAUGAAUUAGAAGAAGUCCAGUCAGAUUUGCGAAAACGUGAAGAUGAGCUUUUUCGCCGUGCCCGUCAACGGGAAGAAAUAAGUAAACGUAAAAAUAGCAACAAAUCAUAUAAGAAAAAGACUGAAGUCACAGAACUAUCAGUAUAUCCCAGCUAUGUCACUGCCACAUGUUGCCAACAUUAUCAACAACGCGAUUUAUUGACGACUAGUAGUAAUAUAUCCGAACUUAAAAUGAACAACGAUACUGCCAACAACCAAGGUAAAAGCAUUGAAAGUGCCUUUACCCUUAACGUAAUUACCGGUGAUCAUCAUUAUAAUAAUCAUCAUUGUCAUCUUCAAAAAGCCACAUUUUAUAGUAGCCCAACGUUAUCAACUCCUGACGAUCAAGCUAGCGUUUAUGAAGAUCAAAAAAGUCGUUCUAAACAGCAAAAAUUAUAUGCCAGUAGUGACAAUAAUCACAAAUUUGUUACGUUAGUGCACCUGACAAGGGCAGGUGCUGGCAAUCCAUAUCGAACAAACGGUAAGAUGGCCAUAAGUAUUAGCAGCAUAAGUAGCAUGGCUAUCAAUUCUGCUGCAACUGCCUGUACGUGCCAAGAUGAUUUAAAAGAAACUGGUGGUGGUGGCAGCAAUGAACGGGUUAGAAACAAACAACGAAAACUGAUUAUAAUUAAUUCUAAAAAAAAUUUAUGUCGCUUUACUAAUUGUACUUACAAUUCUUCUUACUCUUUGGAACGUGACGUUACUGCCGUCUUGGUGCAAGAUCCUGAAAGCGGUGUUGUACGAAAAAAUGUGAAAAAGGGAGCCGCUUAUUUAACGACGCGUGUUUUAGUCCAAGCCUUUACAAUGACUUUUUUGGCCGAGUGGGGCGAUCGCUCACAACUGGCGACCAUUAUAUUAGCGGCCAGUAAAGAUGUGUAUGGAGUGAUAACAGGCGGUGUAGUGGGCCAUUCGAUUUGCACGGGUCUGGCAGUGGUGGGUGGACGCAUGGUAGCGGCUAAAAUCUCUUUACGUACCGUCACAAUUGUGGGAGGUGUAGUGUUCCUGGGAUUUGCUCUGUACGCUCUCAUAGCGAGGCCCGAUGACAUUUAAAACCGUCGCCAGCAUUUUAAAUACUUCUUAAAUUUCUUAUUACUAUUAUUAUUAUCUUUAAUUCUUCAUUUCUUCACGUGAGAGCGAAUCCUGUCGUUUGGUAAAAUGUAAAAAAAAAACAAAUUUAUUUUUAAACCAAAUCUAAUGCAAUCAUUGUAUAAUUUUAUUAUAUAGAAU